AUGAAGAAGAGCCGCAGCGUGCUGUCUGUGACUGGAGAAGAGGUGAGCCGGGGGGAGGGGGGGUACGAAGCAGAAAAUGGCGUGUCCCCGGGCCACACCCCUCUGGGUUCGCAGAGUCCGGGCCUCACCCUGCACACCUCCUUUCCCCAGGGUCAGAGGAGAGAGUCCUUCCUCUACCGCUCGGACUCGGACUACGACAUGUCGCCCAAGACGGUCUCACGUAACUCCUCCCUCGCCAGCGAAGGGCACACAGGAGAGGAUUUCAUCGUCACACCAUUUGCUCAAGUAUUGGCCAGUCUGCGAUCAGUGCGGAGCAACUUCACCCUUCUCGCCAACGUCUCCACAACGCCGGUCAAGAGGUCUCCUCUGGGGGGCGGGUGCCUCAGUCCCAGGGAGUCCCUGUCGGACCAGCAGUACCAGCAGCUCGCCCUGGACACGCUGGAGGAGCUGGACUGGUGCCUGGACCAGCUGGAGACCAUUCAGACCCACCGCUCCGUCAGCGAGAUGGCCUCCACCAAGUUUAAGAGGAUGCUGAACAGAGAGCUGUCCCACCUGUCGGAGAUGAGUCGCUCCGGUAACCAGGUGUCUGAAUACAUCUCCAGCACCUUCAUGGACAAGCAGAACGAGGUGGAGAUGCCGUCUCCGACCCUGAAAGAGAAAUCCAUGAGUCACAUCAGCGGCGUGCGGAAGCUGUCUCACAGCUCCAGCCUCUCCAGCUCGUCCAUGCCUCGCUUCGGCGUCAACACGGACCACGAGGAGGAGCUCGCCAAGGAGUUGGAGGAUCUGGACAAAUGGAGUUUCAACAUAUUCAGAGUAGCAGAAUUCUCCAACACCAGGCCUCUAAGCUGCGUCCUGUACACCAUCUUCCAGGAGCGAGAGCUGCUGAAGACGUUCCGUAUCCCGGUCGACACCUUCGUCACCUACGUGAUGACCCUGGAGGACCAUUACCACGGCAACGUAGCGUACCACAACAGCCUCCACGCUGCGGACGUCACCCAGUCCAUGCACGUCCUCCUGUCCACGCCGGCCCUUGAUGCCGUCUUCACCGACCUCGAGAUCCUCGCUGCUCUGUUCGCUGCAGCGAUCCACGAUGUAGACCACCCCGGAGUUUCCAACCAGUUCCUCAUCAACACCAACUCCGAGCUGGCCCUCAUGUAUAACGAUGAGUCGGUUCUGGAGAACCACCACCUCGCCGUGGGCUUCAAGCUCCUGCACCAGGAACACUGCGACAUCUUCCAGAACCUCACCAAGCGACAACGCCAGAGCCUUCGCAAGCUCGCCAUCGACAUGGUGUUGGCCACGGACAUGUCCAAGCACAUGACCCUGCUGGCUGAUCUGAAGACCAUGGUGGAGACCAAGAAGGUGACCAGCUCCGGGGUGCUGCUCCUGGACCACUACACGGAGCGGAUACAGGUGCUGAGGAACAUGGUGCACUGUGCGGACCUGAGCAACCCCACCAAGGCGUUGCCGCUGUACAGACAGUGGACGGAGAGGAUCAUGGAGGAGUUCUUCCGACAGGGCGACAAGGAGCGCGAGAGAGGGAUGGAGAUCAGCGCCAUGUGCGACAAGCACACCGCCUCCGUGGAGAAGAGUCAGGUGGGCUUCAUCGACUACAUCGUCCACCCGCUGUGGGAGACGUGGGCCGACCUGGUGCACCCGGACGCCCAGGAGCUGCUGGACACGCUGGAGGAGAACCGGGAGUGGUACCUGAACGCCAUGCCCCAGUCCCCCUCGCCUCCCCCGGACCGACACCUGCAGCACGACCGCUUCCAGUUCGAGCUCACGCUGGAAGAAGAGGAGGGUGAGAUGGAGGAGGAGGAGGAAGCAGAACUGGAGGACAAAGCUGAGGAGGUCGGAGGAACAGAAGAGGAGCAAGUCCAUGAAGAGGAAUGUUAGAUGGGCGUGAAAACAAACACACACACACCUGAACGGGGUCAGUGAAUAAAAAAGGUUAACGAGACUUUUCUUUUUUUAUAAAAAA